CCUUGUAUAAUCUCCUAACACAGCAGUUUCGUUGAUUUCCGUUUCGCUUAUUAGGGUUUUCUCCUCUCCAUCUCUUUUUCCUGCGGCGGUGGCGUAGACGACGAUGGCCACGGAAGCGAGAGUAAAUUCCGUUCAAUGCUUCGGCCGAAAAAAGACGGCUGUUGCUGUGACCCACUGCAAGGCAGGCAAGGGUUUGAUCAAGAUUAAUGGCGUCCCGAUCGAGCUCGUGAAGCCGGAGAUCCUCCGCUACAAAGCCUUUGAACCAAUCCUGCUCGCCGGAGUUGAACGAUUUCGGGGAGUCGACAUGAGGAUCCGCGUCCGAGGCGGUGGUAAGACCUCUCAGAUAUACGCCAUCCGCCAGAGCAUCGCCAAGGCUCUCGUUGCUUACUACCAGAAGUAUGUUGACGAGCACUCCAAAAAGGAGGUAAAGGACAUCUUCAUCAGGUACGACCGUACGCUCCUUGUUGCCGAUCCAAGACGCUGCGAGCCCAAGAAGUUUGGUGGUCGCGGUGCUCGUGCAAGAUUCCAGAAAUCUUAUCGUUAGGUCUGCUGUUUGGAUCGGUUGGGAAGGGUAUCGCUCUUCCUUAUUCUCGUUCUUUUGAAGUGGAAUGAUAGGAUCGGAACUUAUUAAAAUGAACUAAGUGUUAUGCUUAUGGAACUCAUAAUUUUGUUCUAGUGCUUGAUGUUACUUUUAAGUUCUACAAGUUUUCUUAUUUCUUGGAUGCUUCUAUCAGUAUGUCUUUAUGAUUGGAAAGCUAAAUGCUUCUUUUUCCUA